UUUACACGGCUCUGCUCGAAAGAGAUUAGUAUGGACUCUGACACCCACAUUCGGUUUCAAAGAAUUGCUGAUAAACUGGGAUGGACGAAGAAUGGAGGACUGGAUACUGCAGAGACAAAUGUUCGUUUCGCUUUAGAUGUUAAACUGUUCAUGAUCCUGAUAAAGAGCAUUGGCAAGAGUCGGCAUCCUGCUGCAAGUCAUCAUGGAUCUACGGGAGCUAUGGAUUCAGCUUGCCGUGUCCGGCUUCAUCUGUCCGACAGUGAAUAUGACGCAGACAAGGAGAACCAAUCCUCCAGGGCAAAUGACUACAGAGACAAGGCUUCACUGGAGUGCAGCGAAGACAACUUUGAGGGCUUUUUUGUAAACAAAGUGACACCCAAAACCAAAGACACCUCAUGGAAACCAUGUAGCUCUGCAAAGAAAGACAGUUCAUGUGCUGUGGUGAGCUCAGACAGUGAUGGCAGCUUUGAGAUAUUUCUAAACAAAAUUAAAACUCCUAAAGAGAAACCUAAAACAACACCAGAGAACAGUGAAGACAGCCUCAAAAACUUCAUAGUGGAUGACUUAUCAUCUGAUGAUGACUUUAUUGAGCAGAAACCAUUGUCCAGAGUUCCUAAGAGCAUUCGGACUCCAGCAACUAAGCCUCAUGCGAGACGACAAGUAGUAUCUCAGUGUGAUUCUUCAGUCUUCAUCAGCGACAGCGAUGAUGAUGAUUAUAUUGUCAAGACUACCUGGAGGACUCGUCACUCAAGGCCCAACAUCCCCCAAAAGGCUAACAAGGGAAAUACUCAACACUCUGAUCAGGAAGACAACUCGUUCAAAACCCCAUCACCUUCACUUGCUCCCCACCUGGUUCCCACUGCUUCUUCUGCCCCACAAAAAUAUACCUGCUCAGGCCCCUCUAAGUUGGAUGCUUCAGCCAGCUCUGAAGAGGAGAUGUCUCUACUAGAUAGACUGAAAAAGAAGAAAAAAGUCUAUGGCAGUUCAUCCACACCAGUCCCCAACAUAGAUUGCACUAUAAAGCCUCCUGUGUCAGUUCCUGCUGUAAAGACUCAGCCAAUACAGAAACCCAGAUCACUGGGGCAAACACCACUACAUAUUAGAACCCCAAAAAAUUCUACCAUCUCCAGACCCAUGACCAGUCAGACUGAGCCUCGACAUGGGCAUAGUAGCAGGGUUGUAAUCUGUAAAACGCCAGACUGCUUCUUGGAGUCCCUCUCAACCCCAGGCUCCAGCUAUGAAUCCAGUUUCAAAAAGAACAAGGAGGACCUUACCAGCAGACUCUACAAUCUGUAUAACACCAGCGUUUUUGACAGCAAGCUCCCCACCAGUAUGUCAGUGACCUGGAAUAAAAAGAUGCGCAAGACUGCUGGCUACUGUGUCACAGGGCAGGAACGGGGCAGAGGGAGCCGCUAUGCCCGCAUUGAACUGUCAGAAAAAGUCUGCGACUCUGCAGAGCGACUGAGGGACACGCUGAUCCACGAGAUGUGCCAUGCUGCUACUUGGCUUGUAAAUGGUGAGAGAGACGGGCAUGGGACCUUCUGGAAGCUGUAUGCCCACAAGGCCACACUGGCACAUCCUGAGCUACCCAUGGUUACACGGUGCCAUACCUAUGACAUCAAAUAUAAGUACCAGUACGAGUGCUCCCGCUGCAAGAAUACAAUUGGACGUCAUUCCAAGUCACUGGACACAGAGCGGUUUAUGUGUGCCUUCUGCACGGGACGGUUUGUCCUGCUCACUCCAUCCAAGCCCCGGGCUCCCACACCCUUUGCCAUCUUUGUCAAAGAGAACUACGGGAGUACACGACAGGAACUAGUGGGACAGAGCCAUGCAGAUGUGAUGCGGAAACUGAGCGCAGACUUUACCACAAAGACUAAACUCAGUCAAAGUUGAGAUGUUCAUGAUAAACAUGUUUUUGACUUACAUCAAUGAGCAGCUAUGUACAUUAAUUUUUUUCUAUUUGGAGCCUCAUUUCUCUUUUUCCUUGUUAAUGGGUUUGCUUAUACCUAUUAACAAUAAUCACCAAAACUGAGCCAUACUAAAGUUGAUUUUCUCCUUCACAAGCCUUUUUAUAAGAUUUGAAGUUUUGGUCAGGGAAGCAUGAAACACCUCUGUCCAUGAUUGUUUAAUUUGUGUACAGUUUUAUUUCCGUCUCUUUGACCUUAGUUCUCGUUAUUGGUUAAGUGUCACCCAGUGAAUUAAGUUUU